ACUGGCCGUGCCGGUUUUCUUUCUUUUUCUUUUUGUCUUUUCUUUUUUGAUUUGCUGGAUCCGCCAUAUUGACGAGGCUGUGGUACCCAAGGCUGCGGAAGCUACUAGACUCCGCCGGUGGCGGAGCCGCAACCUCUCGGCCCUGGCUUGGGAUGCUCCCAGGUUAGGCCUCAUCCCGGACCGAGCUUUUGCAUUUUGCCUCCCGCCUCCGCGUGUCCUGCUACGCAGAAGACUCCUGUGUUGUGUUUGGUUAUGCAAUGGUCUCUGCAAGAUGUUUUAUUCUUGAAUUUGAACCUUUUAAGACUGACAAAUGCUGGUACUUCAUCUUCUAUAAGUGGACUAUAAUUUCUUUUCUUAAGACAACUACAUAAGCAGACAAAAUUGCAAAGAUCUGCCCUGUGUCGAGUAUGACAGCCACGACUCGUGGCUCUCCAGUUGGAGGGAAUGACAACCAGGGCCAAGCCCCUGAUGGACAGUCUCAGCCUCCCCUCCAACAGAAUCAGACUUCAUCGCCUGAUUCGUCCAAUGAAAAUUCCCCUGCAACUCCUCCUGAUGAGCAAGGUCAAGGUGAUGCUCCUCCACAGAUUGAAGAUGAGGAACCUGCAUUUCCACACACUGACUUGGCAAAGUUAGAUGAUAUGAUCAACAGGCCUCGAUGGGUCGUUCCAGUUUUGCCAAAAGGGGAGUUAGAAGUGCUUUUAGAAGCUGCUAUCGAUCUUAGUAAGAAAGGCCUUGAUGUUAAAAGUGAAGCAUGUCAGCGAUUUUUCCGAGAUGGGCUAACAAUCUCAUUCACAAAAAUCCUUACAGAUGAAGCAGUGAGUGGCUGGAAGUUUGAAAUUCAUAGAUGUAUUAUUAACAAUACUCAUCGCCUGGUGGAGCUAUGUGUGGCUAAGUUAGCCCAAGAUUGGUUUCCGCUUCUAGAACUUCUUGCCAUGGCCUUAAAUCCUCAUUGCAAAUUCCAUAUCUACAAUGGUACACGUCCCUGCGAGUCAGUGUCCUCAAGUGUUCAGUUGCCUGAAGAUGAACUCUUUGCUCGUUCUCCAGAUCCUCGAUCACCAAAAGGUUGGCUAGUGGAUCUCCUCAACAAAUUUGGCACUUUAAAUGGAUUCCAGAUACUGCACGAUCGUUUUAUUAAUGGAUCAGCAUUAAAUGUUCAGAUAAUUGCAGCCCUUAUUAAACCGUUUGGACAGUGCUAUGAGUUUGUUACCCUUCACACGGUGAAAAAAUACUUUCUUCCAAUAAUAGAAAUGGUUCCACAGUUUUUAGAAAACUUAACUGAUGAAGAGCUAAAGAAAGAAGCAAAGAAUGAAGCCAAAAAUGAUGCUCUUUCAAUGAUUAUUAAAUCAUUGAAGAAUUUAGCUUCACGAGUUCCUGGACAAGAAGAAACUGUAAAGAACUUAGAAAUAUUUAGGUUAAAAAUGAUACUUAGAUUGUUGCAAAUUUCUUCUUUCAAUGGAAAGAUGAAUGCACUGAAUGAGGUUAAUAAGGUGAUUUCCAGUGUGUCGUACUAUACCCAUCGGCAUGGCAGCUCUGAGGAAGAAGAGUGGCUCACAGCAGAGAGAAUGGCUGAAUGGAUACAGCAGAACAACAUUUUAUCCAUAGUUUUACGAGAUAGUCUUCAUCAACCACAAUAUGUAGAGAAACUCGAAAAGAUUCUGCGCUUUGUCAUAAAAGAAAAAGCUCUGACCUUGCAAGAUCUUGAUAACAUCUGGGCAGCACAGGCAGGGAAACAUGAAGCCAUUGUAAAGAAUGUACAUGAUCUACUGGCCAAAUUGGCAUGGGAUUUUUCUCCUGAACAGCUUGAUCAUCUUUUUGAUUGCUUUAAGGCCAGUUGGACAAAUGCAAGUAAAAAGCAACGUGAAAAGCUCCUUGAGCUGAUUCGUCGUCUUGCAGAAGAUGAUAAAGAUGGUGUGAUGGCACAUAAAGUGUUGAACCUUCUGUGGAAUCUAGCUCACAGUGAUGAUGUGCCUGUAGAUAUCAUGGACUUGGCUCUCAGUGCUCACAUCAAAAUACUAGAUUAUAGUUGCUCCCAGGACCGGGACACCCAAAAGAUCCAGUGGAUAGAUCGCUUCAUAGAAGAACUUCGCACAAAUGACAAAUGGGUCAUUCCUGCACUGAAACAAAUAAGAGAAAUUUGUAGUUUGUUUGGUGAAGCACCUCAAAAUUUGAGUUCUUCUCGUUUCAGUCAAAGUCAGCGAAGUCCUCAUGUAUUUUAUCGCCAUGACUUAAUCAAUCAACUUCAGCACAAUCAUGCCCUAGUUACUUUGGUAGCAGAAAACCUUGCAACUUACAUGGAAAGUAUGAGAAUGUAUGGCAGAGACAAUGAAGACUAUGACCCACAAACUGUGAGACUGGGAAGUAGAUAUAGUCAUGUUCAAGAAGUCCAAGAACGGCUUAACUUCCUUAGGUUUUUAUUGAAGGAUGGCCAGCUGUGGCUGUGUGCUCCUCAGGCAAAACAAAUAUGGAAGUGCUUAGCAGAGAAUGCAGUUUAUCUUUGUGAUCGUGAAGCCUGUUUUAAGUGGUAUUCCAAAUUAAUGGGAGAUGAACCAGACUUAGAUCCUGAUAUCAAUAAGGACUUCUUUGAAAGCAAUGUGCUUCAGCUUGAUCCUUCCUUAUUAACUGAAAAUGGGAUGAAAUGUUUUGAGAGAUUCUUCAAAGCUGUGAAUUGUCGAGAAGGAAAACUGGUAGCAAAAAGAAGAGCAUAUAUGAUGGAUGAUUUGGAAUUGAUAGGAUUAGACUAUCUUUGGAGGGUUGUAAUUCAGAGUAAUGAUGAUAUUGCCUGCCGAGCUAUUGAUCUCCUUAAAGAGAUAUACACAAACCUUGGUCCAAGGCUGCAGGUCAAUCAGGUGGUGAUCCAUGAAGACUUCAUUCAGUCUUGCUUUGAUCGUUUGAAAGCCUCUUAUGACACAUUGUGUGUUUUGGAUGGUGACAAAGACAGUAUUAAUUGUGCAAGACAGGAAGCUGUUCGAAUGGUCCGAGUAUUAACUGUUCUAAGAGAAUAUAUAAAUGAAUGUGACAGUGAUUAUCAUGAAGAAAGAACAAUUUUGCCUAUGUCCAGAGCUUUCCGUGGUAAACACCUCUCUUUUAUAGUUCGAUUUCCAAACCAGGGCAGACAAGUAGAUGACUUGGAGGUUUGGUCUCAUACAAAUGAUACCAUUGGUUCAGUUCGACGAUGUAUACUCAAUCGCAUUAAAGCCAAUGUAGCUCAUACAAAAAUUGAACUCUUUGUUGGUGGUGAGCUUAUUGAUCCUGGAGAUGACAGAAAGUUGAUUGGACAAUUAAACCUAAAAGAUAAAUCACUAAUUACAGCCAAACUUACACAAAUAAGCUCCAAUAUGCCUUCAAGUCCUGAUAGCUCCUCUGACUCCUCAACUGGAUCUCCUGGAAACCAUGGUAAUCAUUACAGUGAUGGCCCCAAUCCAGAAGUGGAAAGCUGUUUGCCUGGAGUGAUAAUGUCACUUCAUCCCAGAUACAUCUCUUUCCUUUGGCAAGUUGCAGACUUGGGGAGCAGCCUAAAUAUGCCACCUCUUAGAGAUGGAGCAAGAGUGCUUAUGAAACUUAUGCCGCCAGAUAGUACAACAAUAGAAAAAUUGAGAGCUAUUUGUUUGGACCAUGCCAAACUUGGAGAAAGCAGCCUUAGUCCAUCUCUUGACUCACUUUUCUUUGGUCCUUCAGCCUCACAAGUGCUAUACCUAACAGAGGUAGUCUAUGCCUUGUUAAUGCCUGCUGGUGCACCACUGGCUGAUGAUUCUUCUGAUUUUCAGUUUCACUUCUUGAAAAGUGGUGGUCUGCCCCUUGUCCUGAGUAUGCUAACCAGAAAUAACUUCCUACCAAAUGCAGAUAUGGAAACUCGAAGGGGUGCCUACCUCAAUGCUCUUAAAAUAGCCAAACUGUUACUAACUGCCAUUGGCUAUGGUCAUAUUCGUGCUGUGGCAGAAGUUGUAGAAGGCGUGAAUCCUAUGACAUCGGUCAACCAAGUAACUCAUGAUCAAGCAGUGGUGCUACAAAGUGCCCUUCAGAGCAUUCCUAACCCAUCAUCUGAAUGCAUGCUUAGAAAUGUGUCUGUUCGUCUUGCUCAGCAGAUUUCUGAUGAGGCUUCAAGAUAUAUGCCUGAUAUUUGCGUAAUUAGAGCUAUACAAAAAAUUAUUUGGACAUCAGGAUGUGGGGGAUUACAGCUGGUAUUCAGCCCAAAUGAAGAAGUCACAAAAAUUUAUGAGAAGACCAAUGCAGGCAAUGAGCCAGACCUUGAAGAUGAACAGGUUUGCUGUGAAGCAUUGGAGGUGAUGACACUGUGUUUCGCCUUGAUUCCAACAGCCUUAGAUGCUCUAAGUAAAGAUAAAGCUUGGCAAGCCUUCAUUAUUGACAUACUGUUGCACUGUCACAGCAAAACUGUUCGUCAAGUGGCACAGGAACAAUUCUUCUUAAUGUGCACCAGAUGUUGCAUGGGACACAGGCCUCUUCUUUUCUUCAUUACUCUGCUCUUUACUGUUUUGGGGAGCACAGCCAGAGAGAGAGCUAAACAUUCAGGCGACUACUUUACUCUUUUAAGGCAUCUUCUUAAUUACGCUUACAACAGUAACAUUAAUGUACCCAAUGCUGAAGUUCUUCUAAAUAAUGAAAUUGAUUGGCUUAAAAGAAUUAGGGAUGAUGUUAAAAGAACAGGUGAUACAGGUGUUGAAGAGACAAUCUUAGAAGGACACCUUGGAGUUACAAAGGAACUGCUGGCUUUUCAGACUCCAGAGAAAAAGUUUCAUAUUGGUUGUGAAAAGGGAGGUGCUAAUCUCAUUAAAGAAUUAAUCGACGAUUUCAUCUUUCCUGCAUCCAAUGUUUACCUGCAGUAUAUGAGAAAUGGAGAACUCCCUGCUGAGCAGGCCAUUCCUGUCUGUGGCUCACCAGCCACAAUUAAUGCUGGUUUUGAGUUACUUGUGGCAUUAGCUGUUGGCUGUGUGAGGAACCUUAAACAGAUAGUAGAUUCUUUGACUGAAAUGUAUUACAUUGGUACAGCAAUAACUACUUGUGAAGCACUUACUGAGUGGGAAUACCUGCCACCUGUUGGACCCCGCCCACCAAAAGGAUUUGUGGGGCUGAAAAAUGCUGGUGCUACUUGUUACAUGAAUUCUGUGAUUCAGCAACUCUAUAUGAUUCCCGCUAUCAGGAACGGUAUUCUUGCAAUUGAAGGCACAGGUAGUGAUGUAGAUGAUGAUAUGUCUGGGGAUGAGAAGCAGGACAAUGAGAGCAAUGUUGAUCCCAGGGAUGAUGUGUUUGGAUAUCCUCAACAAUUUGAAGACAAACCACCACUGAGUAAAACAGAAGAUAGGAAAGAGUACAAUAUUGGUGUUCUAAGACACCUUCAGGUUAUCUUUGGCCAUUUAGCUGCUUCUCGACUACAGUACUACGUGCCCAGAGGAUUUUGGAAACAGUUCAGGCUUUGGGGUGAGCCUGUUAAUCUUCGUGAACAACAUGAUGCUUUAGAGUUCUUUAAUUCAUUGGUGGAUAGUUUAGAUGAGGCUUUAAAAGCCUUAGGGCAUCCAGCUAUGCUAAGUAAAGUUUUGGGAGGUUCCUUUGCUGAUCAGAAAAUUUGCCAAGGCUGCCCACAUAGGUACGAAUGUGAAGAAUCUUUUACAACUCUGAAUGUAGACAUUAGAAACCACCAAAAUCUUCUUGAUUCUUUGGAACAGUAUGUCAAAGGAGAUUUACUAGAAGGGGCAAAUGCUUAUCAUUGUGAAAAGUGCAAUAAAAAGGUUGAUACUGUAAAGCGCUUGCUAAUUAAAAAAUUGCCUCCUGUUCUUGCUAUCCAACUAAAACGAUUCGAUUAUGACUGGGAAAGAGAAUGUGCAAUCAAGUUCAAUGAUUACUUUGAAUUUCCUCGAGAGUUAGACAUGGAACCUUACACAGUUGCAGGUGUUGCUAAACUGGAGGGAGAUAAUGUCAACCCAGAAAGUCAGCUGAUACAACAGAAUGAGCAGUCUGAAAGCGAGAAAGCAGGAAGCACAAAAUACAGACUUGUGGGUGUGCUCGUGCACAGUGGCCAAGCAAGUGGGGGACAUUACUAUUCUUACAUCAUUCAGAGGAAUGGAGGGGAUGGUGAAAAAAAUCGUUGGUAUAAAUUUGAUGAUGGAGAUGUAACAGAGUGUAAAAUGGAUGACGAUGAAGAAAUGAAAAACCAGUGUUUUGGUGGCGAGUACAUGGGAGAAGUAUUUGAUCACAUGAUGAAGCGCAUGUCGUACAGGCGUCAGAAAAGGUGGUGGAAUGCAUAUAUACUUUUUUAUGAACGAAUGGACACAAUAGGUCAUGAUGAUGAGGUGAUAAGAUACAUAUCAGAGAUUGCUAUCACCACAAGGCCUCAUCAGAUUGUUAUGCCAUCAGCCAUUGAAAGAAGUGUUCGGAAGCAGAAUGUUCAGUUCAUGCACAACCGAAUGCAGUAUAGUUUGGAAUAUUUUCAGUUUAUGAAAAAGCUACUUACAUGUAAUGGUGUUUACUUAAACCCUCCUCCAGGGCAAGAUCACCUGUCUCCUGAAGCAGAAGAAAUCACUAUGAUUAGUAUUCAGCUUGCUGCUAGGUUCCUUUUUACUACAGGAUUUCAUACAAAGAAAAUAGUCCGAGGAUCCGCCAGUGAUUGGUAUGAUGCAUUGUGUAUUCUCCUGCGUCACAGCAAGAAUGUGCGAUUUUGGUUUGCUCACAAUGUCCUUUUUAAUGUUUCAAAUCGAUUCUCUGAGUACCUUUUGGAAUGCCCUAGUGCAGAAGUGAGAGGCGCAUUUGCAAAACUUAUUGUCUUCAUUGCACAUUUUUCCUUACAAGACGGGCCUUGUCCUUCACCUUUUGCAUCUCCUGGACCUUCUAGUCAGGCUUAUGACAACUUAAGUUUGAGUGACCACUUAUUAAGAGCAGUACUAAAUCUCUUGAGGAGGGAGGUUUCAGAGCAUGGACGUCAUUUACAGCAGUAUUUCAACUUGUUUGUAAUGUAUGCCAAUUUAGGAGUGGCAGAGAAAACACAGCUGCUCAAACUGAGUGUACCUGCUACCUUUAUGCUUGUGUCCUUAGAUGAAGGUCCUGGUCCUCCAAUUAAAUAUCAGUAUGCUGAAUUAGGCAAAUUAUACUCAGUAGUGUCACAGCUCAUCCGCUGUUGCAAUGUCUCUUCAAGAAUGCAGUCUUCGAUCAAUGGUAAUCCUUCUCUUCCAAAUCCUUUUGGUGAUCCUAAUUUAUCACAACCUAUAAUGCCAAUUCAACAAAAUGUGGUAGACAUUUUAUUUGUGAGAACAAGUUAUGUGAAGAAAAUUAUUGAAGACUGCAGUAACUCUGACGAGACUGUCAAAUUGCUUCGCUUUUGCUGCUGGGAGAAUCCUCAAUUUUCAUCUACUGUCCUCAGUGAACUUCUUUGGCAGGUUGCAUAUUCCUAUACUUAUGAACUCCGGCCCUAUUUGGAUCUGCUUUUACAAAUCUUACUGAUUGAAGACUCCUGGCAGACUCACAGAAUUCAUAAUGCCCUUAAAGGAAUUCCAGAUGACCGAGAUGGGCUGUUUGACACAAUUCAGCGUUCUAAGAAUCACUAUCAAAAAAGAGCAUACCAGUGUAUAAAGUGUAUGGUGGCCCUCUUUAGCAGUUGUCCUGUUGCUUACCAAAUCCUGCAGGGCAAUGGGGAUCUUAAAAGGAAAUGGACCUGGGCAGUGGAGUGGCUUGGAGAUGAACUCGAAAGAAGACCAUACACUGGCAAUCCUCAGUACACUUACAACAAUUGGUCUCCUCCAGUGCAAAGCAAUGAAACAUCAAAUGGCUAUUUCUUGGAGAGAUCACAUAGCGCUAGGAUGACACUUGCAAAAGCUUGUGAACUCUGUCCUGAGGAGGAACCAGAUGACCAAGAUGCUCCAGAUGAGCAUGAAUCACCUCCACCAGAAGAUGCUCCAUUAUACCCCCAUUCCCCUGGAUCUCAGUAUCAGCAGAAUAACCAUGUGCAUGGACAGCCAUAUACAGGCCCAGCAGCACAUCACAUGAACAACCCUCAGAGAACUGGCCAACGAGCACAAGAAAAUUAUGAAGGCGGUGAAGAAGUGUCCCCACCUCAGACCAAGGAUCAGUGAAAUGCACAUAUUAACUGGUUCCAUCAAGACUGUGCGUGCACCCAGGCCUUACAGUCCAACUUUUUUCUGUGUCUGGCUAAUACUUCAAACUAGAAAAACUAUUCCUAAUCAACAUGGAGUGGAGAGUUUAUUCACUGUCUUAUCUGCAGAAAUUUGCUGUCAAUAUAUAACCCGCCUGCAGUGGAAAGUGUAUAGUGUUUUGUAAUAAAUGGCCUGAUGCUAAUGUGUAAAUGGCAAAGGUGUAUAUAGUAUAUUAAUGUUUGACUUGUAAUUCUUAAGCAAGAAACUUUUUUUCCUUGAUGAGACUCACAGAUCUACAAAACUACAUUCAUUUUCUUGUUAUACCCACUGCUCUCUGCAGCCAGUGUUGCCUACCUUGUGGCAGUUGAAUCACCUCCUUUACAAAAACAGAGUAAACAAACAUCAACAAAACAGCCCAUUCAUGUCACACCAAUAGUUUCGUGUUCAUUGUUUGCCACUGGAGUCAAUUUUACUAUGAGCAAUGUAAGGCUAACUACCUUUUGAUUUAUUUGGUUGAUGUGGAAAAUUGGUGAUGUACUAUGUUUCUAGUCUUUUUCAUUGCCUUUUUAUUCAGACGUUAGGUUAAUCACUUUGAAGCUAUAGAUAUGCUGUAACAUUUAGCAUGGCUUCACACAAGUUAGUGUAGCCAAUGAAGAAAUAUUACCAUAAUGACUGCAGUUGUCCUGACAUGGCAUCUGCAUUGCUCGGAGCUUUUCUUCUUAAACCCUAGAUUAUAAAAUACAGACUGAGGGAGAACUGUGGCAAGCAGGCAGUUCUCAAUUACACUUGCAUUCUUCUCAUGUUUGACAGUGUGAUCUCUGGGUAGAAUAAAGAACACUUAAACUUACCAACUUGGUAAUGGGAAUUUUGAAAGAUUUAAAACAAAUACACAAAAAUUUGCUUCACCAGGAUGCUGGCUGGAGCCUAGUAGUCUGUAUUUGGUGUGCUUGUUUCGUUCUCUGCUAGAGCUUACUAAGUGACUCUUUUCAAACUGUCCUUCUGCUGCAGAAGUCCUCAGAAUCCCACAAUCUUUGGGGUACCUCUGCACCAAGGUCUCUGGUUGAUUCUCUGCUCAGUCAAUUUUACUUGAAAGCAAAAAUUGUCCUAGCUCCUUUUCCAUUAUUCCAAAAAUUUUAACAUUCAAAGCAGGGUCUAAUUUUAAAAAUUACUGGUAGUUAAUAUAAUUGAGGAAUUAAAUUUUAGAAUAAACAAUUUGAAUAAAGAUAAAGGAAUCAGUUAAAACUGUAUUUCAGAGAAAAUUGGUGACUUGAAUAUGUGUAAUUUUUUUGGAACCUGUCUAAAACCAAAUACCCCUGCAAACAGAUACAGCCUACGCUAUUUAAAUAUUUUGCUGUUUUAUUUUAUAGAAAUUAUUUUGCUGAAUUUGCAAAUAGAAUUUGAUUUAAGAAUAACUUUUUGUCCUGUGGUGUGUUUGGGGGUUUUGGUAUUUUGUGUCUGUCUGUCUGUCUCUCUUUCCCCCCCUCUCCCUCCCUCCCUCUCUCCCUCCCUGUCUGUCUCUGUGUCUCUGUCUCUGUCUCUCUCUCUCUCUCUCUCUCUCUCUCUCUCAGGACUGCAUAUUUCAGAAAGCUAAUUUCUGUGCAUAGCAUGUGUAGACAUAACCUGCAGUGAAGAUUUUAGUCUCAGUAUGUUUUUGUGCACAGAAAGAUGGGGUCUUUGGCUCUUUACUAAAGACUUGGAGAACAGGAUGUUGACGCUGUAAAAGUUCCCUAACAAUCAAUCUUGUACUUUUUGUAUGUUUUUAUAUACAUGUGUAUUUAAUGAGCACAAGCUUGGUUGUAUUUUUUACGAUUCAGUUGAUAGGAAAAUGUUGAAAGGCUAUAGUUGGCAUUGAUCAAAGCAGAAGCAAAAUUGAACAUUAUGUUAUUUUGUGAUUUAAAAGGGGCAGUAUUUAAGAUAAAGGUUUAGGUAUCUUAUUUGCAGUAUUCCACAAUUCUGCUUCUAGGCUUCCUGUAAUUUUUUUUAGCAACUUUUGACACCAGAUAGAUUCUGUUUACAUCAGAAUUUGCUUUUGUUUCGGUUUUUGGAGCCUGGAGAUCCAGGGCCUGAAGUACUCCAGGCAAGUGCUCCUACCACUGAGCUGCACCUCCAGCCUGAAUUGAAGUUUGAGCAAAGGUUGUACAGUGUUUGCAAUUCCAACUGGAAAUUUUUAAAAGUUCUUCAAGUAGUGAAAUAGGUUAGCUUUGUUUGGACGAGUAACUGGUACUAGUUACGUUAUCUUACCAUCUGACAUGUGACUUUGGUAUUUUCUGCUUCUUAAGGAAAUUAUGAAAUACGCAAAACUUAGUGACUUUAGAUAAGAGAGAAAACUUGACAUUUUCAAAGGCUGUGAAUUUUUCUUGGAGGGAUUCUAUCCCCCCACCCCCGGUAGUUGCUUUGAGUGUAUAAGCCCACCAGUUCCAGAUGAGCGCUUAUGAGUCAUGGUUCCCUUCAUUUGAGGAAGAGUGGGGCUGUGUCAUGACCAGGAAUGAGGGAAGGUGAACAGAGUUAUUUUUGUUUGUUUGUGCAAAUUAUUUUCUAUAUUAACUCUUUAAGCAUUAAUGUAUUACCAGAAAUUUUAAGAUGCAUGUUAUUGUAAGAGCAACAUAGUGGUGAUUUUGAGGUCUUUCUCUAAAACAUAAGUGGCACAUUUUAAAUUUGAAGUCUUAAAGUGCCUAAAAGUUAUUUGAUUCUUUCAACUGAUUUCUUUUGAGCCCUAUGUUUUCUCCUCUAAAUGUUUGUUGCAGUCUUCGUUUGAAGAACUCCCACAUUUCUAAAUGGCAUGAUUACUCUAUUGAAGACAGUAGAAUCUAUUACCGUAAGACUGAAGAGAUUUUAUUGUGCAACUGUGUAAACUGGGGCUUUGCCCAGUCGGAUCUAAGUAUUUUUGUGUACAACUUCGUAAACACCAUAUUGCUGCUGUUUCUAAGCCCUCCACCUACCGAAUUCUCAUGUUCAGCAUUGCAGAGGCAGAAAUACAAGCAUAAUCCUAUAUGGGCUUUGUUUCUUUUUAUUUAUCUCCGUGAUGAUUUCCCAGCUUUUUUUUUUUUUGUCAGCUAUAAUUAUACAGACCUAGAAUUAUUCAAAUGUUUUCUAUUUUCAUGAUUAACUUUUAUUAGUGGACAAUAACAACUUAAGUCUUUAAUCCUCAUAUUGGUUAAAAAGAUGAGGAGCCUUUUUUAUUUGAAUUACUUUUGUAAAGGAAAGCAACAGUCUGAAUAUUCAGGUGACUACUUUGGCAUAGUUCUUCAGGUUUUUAUUAGUAUUUUUCCAGGUUAUGUUUUCCCAUUAACUAUUUUACUUUUUUGUGGUUAAUUUGGUGGAUAUAUCCUGCCUUAUUUAGAAUUUUAGAAAAUUGCCUUUUUGUGAAAAGUGCCCAGUUUUUAUUUCUAGUUUGAAGGUACGAGGACAUACAGCUGCUGAUAAAGGAAAACAGCACCCCUUUGCCCCAGCUUCUGUGUUACCAACAGAACCAUUCUCAGUACUGGUUUCAUUGUAGGGGCCAGCCAGAAUUGGUCCUACACCUACAUGAGUGUUGCAUAUUUGAAAAGGGUUUGGGUGUGAUAAAAAUCACUACAGAAGUGCUGAAUGUAUUAAGAACUCGCUGCCGAUUGUAUUUCUAACGAUUAUUUUGUGUUUGCAGAAGUAUGUAGCACUUGUCCUCCAAGCUUACCAGUGUGAGGGGGAAAGGUGAACCACAUUUUAAAGUCACUAAUGAGUGUGAUUUUUUUUUUUUUUUAGAAUUGGGAUUCUCAAAAGGAAAUUUCACCACCCAAAUCCCACAUACUUCUUAGCCUUUUACAAGCCAACAGACUGACAUAAAGAUUGUCCGCAGUUCGUAAGAUCUAGCACAUAUACAAAAAUAAAACUUUAUAAAUUAAAUUUGGGUUUUUCUUUCAUUUAUUAACGUAGGGUUUCUCCCUGUAUUGCUAGGUGACAUGCAAGGCAUCAAAUGUAUAUAGGCAUGUGCCGUAUCACCCAGCCACAUUUGGCCCUUUAAAUUUUUUAAGGGAGAUGUUUAUAGUAGGUCAUUUAUAGAUACAGCAUGUGUUAUAUCUAAGCAGCUCAACAUUGGUUCUUAAUUUUAAAUCUGAAAAGUCCCCUGUUUUGAGGGGUUGUUAGUGUGGAAAUUCAGUCUAACGUCAUCUGAAAUGCUGAAAUUCCUUUUCAUUGUCUGAAAAAAGUACAGUUGGCUUCUGCAGCGAUGCCUGUUGAUGUUUCCCUAAGGGUUACUGCUAAAGAAAGGUAUCCCAAAUAUUCCUUACAUUUGAUUUUACUGAAACACUGCCUACCUCUAGCUCAAGCUGGUCUGGAAUUCACUGUGACCCAGGGUGACCUCAGCCUCCCAAGCGCCAGGUUUACAGCUGAGUUUCUAGUUCAUCCUUCCUGCCCCACUUUUUUUUUUUAUUUUAAGCAGAAUCAGGGCAAAGUAUAGUAGUACAUGCCUAUGAACCUACCACUUAGGAGGAUCAGGAGUACUUAAAUUUGGGCUAAAGGCCCUAUCUCAAAACUCUUAACCAAAUCAAAUCCAAAAUUCUUGCCUUUUAGAAAACUAGUUGGCCCAUUUGUUUAAAUUUUAAGAACCAAUUGAGUAUCCCUUAGCUAAGUAUGUGGGACAAAAAGUGCUCAAAAUCAGGAACCUAGGGAGUUGCAUAUAUGGGAAUUGUGAAUGAGCCCCUAAUGUGAACACAAAUCAUGUGGCAUGCACAAUCUGAGAGUAGUUCCAUGUUGUGAUGGUCCCUUGUGUUUGACUUUGAGGUAUUUUGGGUUGAUUUUUGUUUUUUUCAAGGCAGAGUUCGUCUGUGUAGCCCUUGACUGUACUGGAACUCUUUUUGUAGAACAGGCUGGCCUUGAAUUCAGAAAUCUGCCUGCCUUUGUCUCCUAAAUGAUGGGAUUAAAAGCGUGCCACUACCA